AUGGGACCGGAAGUGAAUACCUUAACUGACACAAAUAUAAAGCAGAAGUUUCCAGAAUGUUUUCAGGGUGUGGGAAAAUUGAAAGAUUUUGAAUUGAACAUCCAUAUUGAUCCUGAAGUUAGACCUGUGGCGCAGAGUCCACGACGAAUACCUUUUGGAUUGAGGAAGAAAGUUGAAGAUAAGUUGUCUGAGUUACUGGAUGCAGAUAUUAUUGAGAAAGCAGAAGGACCAACACCUUGGGUAAGUCCAGUUUGUAUUGUUCCUAAACCUUCAGGCGAAAUAACGUUAUGUGUUGAUAUGAGACAGGCUAAUGAAGCAAUUCAGAGGGAAAGGCACCCAAUACCUACCAUAGAUGAAAUAGUUUUGGACAUGAAUCAAAGUACAGUGUUUUCUAAGUUAGAGUUUCCACCAAAUUGAAUUGGCAGAAGAAUCUAGAGGAAUAACCACUUUUGCAACCCACUGUGGCUUGUAUCGUUAUAAAAGACUCAUGUUUGGGAUCACAUCAGCCCCAGAAGUAUAUCAACAUAUCAUUCAGCAGGUUUUACAGGGGUGUGAGGGUGUUCAAAAUAUUGCGGAUGAUAUAAUUCUGCAUGGCCCAACGAUUGAAUUGCAUGAUCAAAGGUUAACCAAAGUUUUGGAAAGAUUACAAGAGAAAGGACUUACUCUCAAUCCAGAGAAAUGUGAGUUACACAUACCCAAAAUUACCUUUAUGGGUCACUUAGUGUCUGAUAAAGGAAUCGGGCCCACUGAAGAGAAAGUGGAAGUGGUGGUUGAUGCCAGGGAACCCAAAACCGUGUCGGAAAUCCGAAGUUUCCUGGGUUUGGUUAAUUUUUGUAGUCGGUUUAUACCAGAUUUGGCUACUAUUGCUGAGCCUUUACGAAAGCUAACUCGCACGACAACACCUUUUGUUUGGGGUGAGGAACAAAAGAGGUCGUUCCAAGAACUGAAAGAUAAGAUUCCAGUGCCGAAUCGUUAGCUUAUUUCGAUAAAGAAGCCGAAACAGUGAUUGUUUCGGAUGCUAGUCCUGUGGGUUUAGGUGCUGUGCUUUUACAGAGGCAAGAAGGUGUAAUGAAAGUUCUUGCUUAUGCCAGUAGGUGUCUCUCCGAUGUGGAAAGACGAUAUUCUUAGACAGAGAAAGAAGCACUAAGUAUUGUAUGGGCUUGUGAACGAUUUCACAUUUAUUUAUAUGGGAUUUGUUUUAAAGUUCUCACGGAUCAUAAGCCAUUGGAAGUAAUCUAUUCCAAGACACAUAAGCCCUCAGCCAGAAUUGAGAGAUGGGUAUUAAGGCUACAGAACUAUGAUUUUACAGUUGAGUACCUCCCAGGGCCAGAAAACAUUGCGGACACGUUAUCUCGUUUGAUUCCAGUUAAACUUGAAUCUAGUGUGAAUGUAGCUGACCAGUAUGUUAGAUUUAUUGCAGAGAAUGCGGCUCCCAUUGCUGUACCGAUUCAAGAGAUCGAGGAAGUGUCUGCUUGCGAUGUGGAAUUGUCUUUGGUAAGAAAUGCUGUGCAAAGUGGAAAGUUGAAGGAACUACCAAGGGACUAUCGUAAUGUAGGUAACGAACUAACAGUUUUGGGGAAAUUGGUUCUUAGAGGAGCCAGGUUAGUUAUUCCAAACGCUUUACAAGCUCGGGUAUUAGAUUUAGCGCAUGAAGGUCACUAG